UUUGCUUUCCUGCUCAGUAUUUGGAAGGCAGAUAAAAUGCCAGGUCUGGGUUGCCUCUAGGGAUAACCUUCCUCUCUUAUAAUGUGAAUGAACAGCAUCUCAGCUUGGGGGAUACGCAUACAAUUCACUAGCAGGCUCAAGAAAACCAGUGUAGGCCUAUUUGUCGUCUUCUUCUUUUUUUUUUCAGUGGUUUUGGGUUAUUGUCACCCCUCCCUCCCCUCUCCUCUCCAUCCUUCUGUGGUUUUUUUUCAGUUUUAUGUCAUUUUUUUUUUCAUUUGUCAAGGGGUGCUUCUUGGAAUAUUAAACCUCCAUGUACGACAAUUUGUACCUGCAUGGAUUCGAAGACUCGGAGGCGGGUUCAGCAGACUCCUACACUAGCAGGCCGUCUGAUUCCGAUGUCUCUCUGGAAGAGGACCGGGAGGGAGUCGGGCAGGAGCGAGAGCAGCAGGCGGCACUGCAGCUGGAAAGGGCCAAGGCCAAGGCGGUAGCGUUCGCAGUGAAGACCAAUGUCAGUUACUGCGGCGCCCUGGAUGAGGAUGUACCGGUAGCAGGAACUGGCAUUUCUUUCGAUGCCAAGGACUUUCUACACAUUAAAGAGAAGUACAACAAUGACUGGUGGAUAGGACGCCUGGUGAAGGAGGGCUGUGAGAUUGGAUUUAUACCAAGCCCCCUCAAAUUGGAGAACAUCCGAAUCCAGCAGGAACAGAAAAGGGGGCGCUUCCACGGUAAGUCCAGUGGAAAUUCCUCUUCAAGUCUAGGAGAGAUGGUCUCUGGCACGUUCAGAGCUACACCCCCCUCCGCAGCAAAGCAGAAACAGAAAGUGACAGAGCACAUUCCUCCUUAUGACGUGGUUCCCUCCAUGAGGCCCGUGGUUCUGGUCGGCCCGUCGUUGAAAGGAUAUGAGGUGACAGACAUGAUGCAGAAAGCUCUCUUUGACUUCUUGAAGCACAGGUUUGAUGGAAGGAUAUCUAUAACAAGAGUCACUGCAGACAUUUCUCUUGCCAAGCGGUCUGUGCUCAACAACCCCAGCAAGAGAGCCAUCAUUGAGCGGUCAAACACCAGGUCUAGUUUAGCUGAGGUGCAGAGUGAAAUAGAAAGAAUUUUCGAGUUGGCACGGUCGCUCCAGUUAGUAGUUCUGGAUGCUGAUACCAUAAACCACCCAGCACAGCUUAUCAAGACAUCUUUAGCACCUCUUAUCGUCCAUGUCAAAGUGUCAUCACCAAAGGUUCUGCAGCGAUUGAUAAAAUCCAGAGGGAAAUCCCAAAGCAAACAUCUGAAUGUCCAGCUGGUGGCCGCUGACAAGCUAGCACAAUGCCCUCCGGAAAUGUUUGAUAUCAUUUUGGAUGAGAACCAGCUGGAAGAUGCUUGCGAACACUUGGCCGAGUACCUGGAAGCCUAUUGGCGUGCCACACAUGCCCCCAGUAGCACUCCCAUGAACCCUCUGCUGGGGCGGAACCUGGGCUCCACGGCACUCUCCCCGUAUCCUACAGCUAUCUCUGGGUUACAGGGCCAAAGAAUGAGGCACAACAACCAUUCUGGAGACCACUCCCCAAUCGAGCGUCGGAGCCUGAUGACCUCAGACGAGAACUACCACAGCGAGAGGGCAAGAAAGAGCCGGAACCGCCUGUCCUCGGGCUCCCAGCACAGCCGGGACCACUACCCGCUGGUGGAAGAAGAGUACUCCGACUCCUACCAGGACACGUACAAACCACACCGCACCCAUAGCUCUCCUGGCGGCUACAGCCACGACUCAAGGCACAGGCUUUGAGUUUAUGGGAAACCUGCUAGGCCUCUCCUCUCCACAACCCAGUACUGAAGAGCUAAGACAGUCCUGUCCAAAUCAUGUGACUUUGCCAAGUGUAAUACCUCGUUUCCCUCUGACACUGGCUCAUCUACACACAGGAUUGACCUGUGGACAAAUCCAAGAAUACCAGUUUCGGUUAAGCAACACAUGGGAGCCAGACAUUUCUAUCCCUGGCUUUUGGGUGUACUGGAAAUAGAACUGUCUGUUGUGUUGUUUUGGCUUGUAAAAGUCACAAAUGAUUGUGAUGGAAUUUACAGUUCCAGGUUUGUUUUGCAGAGCUAAACGCUCUGGAAUUGCAUUGUAGCCAGCACUCGGCCGGAUUUAAAACCAGGCUGAUCGGAUCUGUGUUCAACACACACUGAGCCAGUGCCAGUGUGAUGGAAAAACUCCCACACAGAUGCAUCCUGGGAUAAACGCAUGCUAUGUGGAGCAAAUGGAAAACGGGGUAUAACACAGUCUUAACAUCCUUAAUUGAUUUAAAAUUCUCUUCAUUUAAAGUUUAGUAUUCUCUGUAAUCUGUAAGGCCAAGCUUGCCAAACCUUUGAAUGAACUGUAAGGGGUUUUGACCCUUCCCGCCCCCCCCCCCCCACCCCUGUACUUUCUACUACUGAAUAUAUGUAGUGCCGUGUUACUAUUAUCUGGCUUGAGAAACACUGUUGGUUCCCACAGGAAAACGGAACAUAGCCUGCCAUUUAAAGUAAUCCAAGUGCCAAGCACUUGGCUGAACCAGCAGAUGCUUUGCUUUGUUACAGCCAGCUGGUGGACAGUGCUAUGUCCCAAGCAAAACCCAAUGCAUUCAGACCUUCACCUUCUAUAAUACAUUCAUUUCUGUUCAAUUUUGUUGAAACAGUCAUGCUCUGUGAUGAUUAAAUGGGGUGUAACAUUGGAGGUGCGGUGCUGACGUGUAACGGCAUGAUUCAUACCUCCCUGUGGAUUGACGUCAUUUGCAUCUCAUUCUUUCUCUUCGUAGCUGCCAUGUGUCCUGCGCUGCAGUGCAGGGUUAUGUUUUAUGAAUGAAACCCGGUUUGACUAGACUGGAGGAGGCUGUGGCUUGCCUCAAGGCUGCAGGGAAUUAACCUACAUAAAUAUUAGAAGGGGUGUUACAGUAUACAUGCCAUGAAUUUGGGAAGACAGAGAGAUCUUCCCGUAGAAUGUAGGCUAGUUCAAACCACAAAGGCUAGAUUAAUUAGUUUUUGUUCACAUUGUUGCCAACAAACUUUAGACUUGUACAGUACGCCGUUUCUGCUCGCCUGCUGUAGGGGUUCAGGAGAAACGGGUCGUGACCCCAGCGUGCGCCCCAGACUCCAAGGAGCCCCAUAGAGUACAGUACACUUAGGCUUUGAUGUCAGUCCUUUCCUACGGUUGAUGCAGCUUAUUGUCUGUAAGACCCAAAAGCCAGGGUGUGAACAUUUCCCACUUUAACCCUCAGAUGGUCAACCUUAUUGUAAAAAUGAAUUGACCAAUUCACAAGUAGAGGGAAUUGGGAGCCUCUAGGUUGAUGUCCAAGGGUUGAAGGGUUAACAAACACUCCUUGACUUCAGUGUUGCUGCCUCCUGUGCAUAUGGUGUUGUACAUUUCUACUCAAACACAAUUCUUUUUUGUAUUUUAUAUCUGCUGUCCCUGUUUGUUUUCUCAGUUUCCACAAUGGAGGACGAUGAAGAUGCAGGGGCACGAGAACUAGGGGUGCUGGGGGUGUGGCACCCCUGGCUUAAAGUACAGGGGUACUGUGCACCUGCUGGUGUAAUGGUAAAUCCUGCUAGUUUCGUUAAUCUUAUAAGCUGUGUGUGCAGUGCACUGUGCCUUUCUAGAUUGCUUUUGAACACAAACGAUAAUAGACCAAUCAGCGCUGACUGUCACAACAGGAGCGGGAUAUCUGAUAAAUUGCACGAUUGCAAUCUCACGAGAGUCGGUUAGUAGUUGGAACCCAUGAGAAGCUUGUACACAGUAGAACAGUGAUUGAAAAUGUCCCAAAAAAGAAUAUCGCAUUAGUUUGUAAAUUCUCAGCGGCACCACCUGCUAAAAUCAGCUCGUCACAAAUGCAGCUAACUGGAUGGUGCUGCUUUGCGGAGCAAUACUAAAAACACACGACACAGUGACAUUGUGACUGUCGUUGUCUACAACUACUACUGUAAAUAACAUACAGCUGCUCCACCUGUUUUUAGAAGUAAACAUUUCUAAAUUGCAGUAUUUAAGUGUAUCAUAACAGUAUGCUCUGCUACUUUAUUUGUUUGCUCUGAAUGUUUUAUGGUAAGCAUGUUGUAAACAUUAUAGCAAUGACUGUGGCUAAAGCAUUUUUUCCUUCAUUAGAUAAAAAGGUGUUGGUGUUGAUGCUGCUUCGUUUUAUUACCAUGUUUAACAUAACAGCAACCCAAUGCAUGGCUUCCAUCAUAUACAGGGGUUACAGUUAUGUUUUAAACUGGCUUGCAGCACCCCCACUAUAAAAAAUGGACGACAGAGAAUUUGCGGUGUUAUAAAAGUCAGGGAGUGUUUGAAAAAGCUUUAAAGGUGCCAAGGGGCAUCCAUUGCUUGAAAUUGGCCAGGGCAUGAAGCAAAGCAUCCAAUCAACACUAUCUCAAGUCGAAUGUAUAGAGUGGUGACAUUGUUCUUUCUUAUGUUUGUGUACUUGGCGGCAACUCUGCUUUUUGACACAAAAAAUAAGUGAAAAUGAGCUGCACCUUUUGAUGUGCAUUGCUGUACGGCAACAGUGUGUGCGUUUCCUGCUGUGAUAGAACACCUUUCUUUCCCGCUGUUAACUUUACAGUUGUGUUUUUUUUUUUUAAAUUGUUUUUAGUGCCUCUUUUUUUAAAAGCCUUGUUGAAAAGUCUUCCAUGUCAUGCCUGUAAAGAGAAAUAGUCUGUCGACACAAACCUGAAUGAUAUCACUUCCCCCCUGUAUUAGACUAAUGUGACUACUUAUCAGCUUUACUUUUGUAAUCGUCUGGUAAAAUGCAUUUAAAAGGUGAUGUUAGAGAUACAGCCUUUUUAAUGCAUUAAGGUAAAACAGUUGAUGUAUGCCUAGUUACCCAAAUUGCUAGAUUUACGCACCUGUUCCUAGUCUUAUCUAACCUUUAUUCUUUAUCUUCGUACUGUACAGUAUUGAUCCCAGGCCAAAGGAAUUCAACUGCGGUGAAAUACUUCUCCAAUAUGAUUUAGUGCAGGUCAAAUAAGUUGACUCUUAGUUUCUUGUUAAGAGCCACACUAGAUGAAUUACUGAACCUGUAUUAUUAAUUGUGCUGUUAAUGCUUUUUAGACCUGCUUUUCCUCUGCUUUUGCUUGUUCUUUGUAGUCCUUUCUUGCCAGCUUCUAAUUACAGCUGCCAAAACUGAAUGACCAAUGCAGGAAGAUGCUGCCUUAAUCUAAUCUUUGUUUGUUUUUGGUAUAUAUGUUCUUUGUUAAAUGUAGUAAUGUUUCAGGAACCAGCCGAUUUUACUAAACAUGCCUGUUUGACCUGUUUCUAUGGUAUUCAUAUUGUAGUCAGUUUUACAGCAGGUACACUUUGGGUAUCUGGCAAGACAAGAGCAGAAUGAGACAGAGAAGUUUGAUCCACACUGUUUCUUCUUACUGAGAUUGUCAUAAUAAUCGCCUGUGUUCAGAAGGUGGGUAAGAUGUGAUGUGCUUCUUCAAUCAAAAUAUUUUUGGAUGCAGUGACUUGCACUGCAAACGCCUUGUUAGAGCAGUAUGGUUUUGUGUCCGCAAGCUUGCAGUAAAUCCUUUAGAUUUUACAAUGAUAAAUGUUGUUGGGUUUUUUUUCUUCACCAAACAAUUUUGAAAUGUGGAUAAAGAGCACAUUCUGGAGUAGGGAUAGCACAAAGUUAGAAUAGAGAGUAGUUUCCCUGGGUUGAUUUUGGUGACAAAUAGAUAUUUACAGAGAUGUAAAUAAGUGUGUCUCUUAGACAUUAGAGCAAAGUGUAAUAUUUCUCUAGUCAAGCUCAAGGCAUUUCUUUUGAAAUGCGUAUUUUCUGUAACUCUUCAUUCUGAUUUACAUCUGCAUGAUAUUAGAAAUACAUGCAUAUAGAAAUCUAUUUAAAUUAUUGCAUCCUCCUUUCCUACCUUUCCAGUGUGCCGGUGCUAUAUGUUUGAAACAGGUAUUUUCUAAAGAAAAUCACUUGCUUUAUGUUUGAAAGUCCUGCUGUGAGGUGGUGCUGCAUCCACUUGGUAAGGAGACCUUUGCAAACUGGUUGUUAUCUUAUAUAGAUAGAUCCCUUUUUUUUUUUUUUUUGUAGUGGUCAAACCUUUUCAGUGGGUGCAUAUUUAAAUUGCCACUGACCGUUCAAUAAUUCCUGCUUGAAUUUUUGGACAUCGGUUCAUGUUGUGUAUAUCAGAUCCACUGCUCCCAGCACUGCAUUAUUGCCAGCCGAUUAUUGCUGAUCCGGAGCUGCUGUUCCAUUUGCCUAAUGAUGCUUGGCACUAGGGACUGAGAGCUAAAAGCUAAUACAGGUUUAGCUUUUGCAACCCUAAACAAAAAAUAAACAAACACAUUAUAUUAUUACAUCCAGUGUAUAGACCUACAACAGAAUCAGACAGGCAGUGGUUUAUAACUGUCCAUGGUGUCAUUUACCUUUUUAAUCCCCGUAUUUUGAUUUAGAUUACACUUGUGCAAGACAGUUGUAUCCAGUGGGUAACACAGGGCCAUUUGCCCCCUGAACAAUGUACCUGUUGCAAUUUGCCCCUUGAUAAUUGUUUUGCACGUUGUCGGAUACAAAUGAUCAUUUAUGAAAGGUCCUGGGAAUCUAAUGGUUGUGUGCGUUAAGUACAGCGGAACCCCUGAACAAUAUAGUGUAUGUCUUUCUUUCUUUCUUUCUCUCUCUCUCCUAAAUUCCAUUGUUUUUUUUUUUUU